AUGAGCUCCUCUUCCGACGCAUCAACCCACUUCCCCCCACCUUCUCUCCGUGACACCUUGAACGAAGUAACCUCUCUCCUCCGCGAACGCAACGAAACCAUCGCCAUUGCCGAAACCGCCGCUGGAGGCCUGCUUUCUUCGUCAAUUCUCUCCACACCCGGCGCCUCCAAGAUCUACAAGGGCGGCUUGACUCUCUACACUCUACCUUCCAGAAUCGCCUACGCGGGAUGGACUGAUGAGAACAUCAAGGGCUAUUCAGGUCCUACACCUGAUAUUGUUGCUGGACUUGCCAAACACGUUAGAGGAGAGCUGAAGGCUGAUUAUGUCAUUGCUGAGUCGGGCACUGCUGGGCCCACUGGUGGUGACACGAGGAACAGGACGCCUGGAUAUGUUGCCCUUGCCGUUGACUGCGAGAAGGGCACCUUCACCAGAGAAGUAGAGACGGGACUGGGAGGCGAUAGAGUAGCCAAUAUGGUCAGAUUUGCCGAGGAAGGCUUGAAGUUGGUCAAGGAUGUUAUCACUGGUGAUGCUAAACUAUAA